AUGUAUGCUGUUUAUUAAGACUCAGAGGAAUUAGCGAUUAAAUCAAGUAAGAUUCUUGAUAAUUCCACAUCAUUCAUGCCUGAACAAACUCAAAAGCGAGUAGGAUUAGAAGAUUUCAUUAUGUUGGCUACAGUUGGCAAAGGUGCCUUUGGAAAAGUGUACAAAGUUAAAAAAAAAGACAAUUAAAAAAUAUAUGCUAUAAAAUGCAUCAAUAAGAAAUUAAUAUUUGAUAGCAAAUUAGAAUCAAAUGCAUUAUUGGAGAAGAAUGUUUUAAAAUAAAGCAAACAUCCAUUCAUUGUCUAAUUGAAAUAUUCCUUUUAGACGCCAACAAAAUUAUAUUUAGUAAUGGAAUAUAUCAAUGGAGGAGAAUUCUUUAAAAUUCUUACAAAAACAAAAGGUUUGCCAGAAUCUAUUGUAGCAUUUAUUGCAGCUGAAGUAGUUUUGGCGUUGGAAUAUUUGAAUAAUUAGUUGAAAGUUAUAUAUAGAGAUUUGAAACCAGAAAAUAUACUACUCACAACCACAGGACAUGUGAAAUUAACAGAUUUUGGUUUAGCUACUUUAAGAAAAGAUGAAAAUGUUAAAAAUUACACUCUAGCAGGAACCCCUGAAUAUUUAGCCCCAGAAAUCAUAAACAAACAAGGUCAUUCUUUUGAAGUUGAUUUAUGGACAUUAGGUAUCUUAAUAUACGAAAUGAUUAAUGGGUAUCCACCAUUUACAGUCCCAGACAGAAAUACUUAAAAGAUAUUAUAAUUAAUUCUGCAAAAUUAGCCAAAUUAUACAUCUAUAAUGAGUGAUGAUGCUAUUAAUUUAGUUUAAAGAUUGCUUAAAGAUAAUCCAAAGGAAAGAAUAGGAGCUGAAAUAGGAUAUUAAGAAAUAAAAUAUCACCCUUUUUUUGCCAAAAUUAAAUGGUCAGAAUUAUACAACUUAAACAUUAAGUCUCCUCUUAAGACCUUUGCAGAACAAAAUGCUUCGAGGUCUGAAGGACUCAGAAUGCCUAAUAUUCAAAUUUAAGAGACUCCAGACCUUCCAUAGGCAAAUUUAUUCGGAAUUAGUUAUGGAGGAGGUGAUGAUACAUAUACCUCUAAGAGACUGAAUUGA